UGGAAAUGCAGUUCCGGUUAGGAGGCUGAGUUUGUUUACGUUACUUACAGAUCUAGGUGCUGUUUUCCCUAGCUCCAGUUCCAAGAUGGGGAAAUCCUUCGCCAACUUCAUGUGUAAGAAAGACUUUCAUCCUGCCUCCAAAUCCAACAUCAAAAAAGUAUGGAUGGCAGAACAGAAAAUAUCAUAUGAUAAGAAGAAACAAGAAGAAUUGAUGCAGCAAUAUCUUAAAGAACAAGAAUCAUAUGAUAAUAGAUUGCUUAUGGGAGAUGAACGUGUAAAGAAUGGCCUUAAUUUCAUGUAUGAAGCCCCACCAGGAGCUAAAAAAGAAAACAAAGAGAAAGAAGAAACAGAAGGAGAGACCGAAUACAAAUUUGAAUGGCAGAAAGGAGCCCCACGAGAAAAAUAUGCGAAAGAUGACAUGAACAUCAGAGAUCAGCCCUUUGGUAUUCAGGUUCGAAAUGUGAGGUGCAUUAAAUGUCACAAAUGGGGUCAUGUCAACACAGAUCGAGAAUGUCCUUUGUUUGGUCUUUCUGGAAUCAAUGCAAGUUCGGUUCCUACUGAUGGCUCAGGGCCAUCGAUGCACCCCUCGGAGCUAAUAGCGGAGAUGAGAAACAGUGGGUUUGCACUGAAACGAAAUGUGCUGGGGAGAAACUUGACCGCAAAUGAUCCAUCACAGGAGUAUGUUGCAAGUGAGGGUGAAGAAGAUCCAGAAGUUGAAUUUUUAAAGUCCCUAACAACCAAACAAAAACAGAAACUUCUCAGGAAAUUAGAUCGACUGGAGAAGAGAAAAAAGAAAAAAGAUAGAAAAAAGAAAAAGUUUCAGAAGAGCAGAAGUAAGCACAAAAGACAUAAGUCCUCUUCUUCCUCCUCCUCCUCUUCCUCUACUGAGACUUCAGAAAGCAGUAGUGAGAGUGAGAGUGACAAUAAAGAAAAAAAAAUAGAAAGGAAGAAAAGAAAGAAAAGCAAGUGUUCAGGGCAUAACAACAGUGAUUCUGAAGAGAAGGACAAGUCUAAGAAGAGAAAACUUCAUGAAGAACUUUCUAGCAGUCACCAUAACCAGGAAAAAUCCAAGGAAAAGCCCAGGUUCUUAAAACGCGAGAGUUCUAGGGAGAACAGCAAAUGGAGCCAUUCUGAUUCUGACAAAAAGUCCAGAAGCCGUAAUCAUAGCCCAGAGAAGAGAGGCUCUGAAAGAAAGGAGGGGAGCAGCAGAAGCCAUGGCAGGGAGGAAAGAAGCAGAAGCCGGAGCAGAAGUCCUGGUAGUUACAAGCAAAGGGAGAUAAGAAAACGGCCACAGCGGAGUCCCAGUGCAGAGCAAAGCAGAAGAAAUGACACCAGAAGCCAUGGCACAGAUGUGUACAGAGGAGAAAAAAUGUACAGGAGAUACGCAUACUAAAGUGACACAGAGAGAAUGAGGCAGAAGUAGAGAAGAAAGACUGUAUGUGACAAUUACCUGGGAGUAAAAAUAUCUCCACUUUUUUAUUGAAUACUUACAGCAAGGGCUAAAUUGUGUACUAUUGUCUUUCUAAUAAAAAAGCUCAGUUUUAAUUUUUCAUCUCUGUAAACUGUCAAUUCAAGUACAAAACUACAUGAGUACUAUAAGAAUGAAUUUUGCAAAUAUUUGUAAGUAAGCUAUUUUGGGGCUGUAGAAAUAUUUUCUGUUGGUAACUGUUUCUUGUGCCCCAUACCAGAUAAAAACUGCAUAUAACUCUGUGACAUUUUCUUUGUUCUGAAACAUCGUUAAAAGAAUGACAGUACAUUGAAUGGGUAUAAUUUAAUUUUUUCAAUUCAAAUUUGUUAUUCAAGGAUUUGAAUUUGCUUGAAGUGAAUUGUAAUCAUUAUCCAAAUUCACUAGUAUAAAUUAAACAAUGGAUUAAUAAAUCUUUAAGACUUUUAA